AAUAAUAAUAAUUCAACGACUAUCUCGUCAUUUUUCAUGGCGAUUGCCGGAGCGCACGUGGCUCUGUGAAAUCCUACUGCGUUUUGUUGCUAUAUUUUGCGUUUCCCGCGACAUUGAAGCCCCAUGCAAUUUACGUAGAAAAAUUGGGCGAGGUGCAAGAAAGAGAAAGGCGUAUUAAUAAUCUCUUUAAACGCACUUCAAACAAGUCCGCGGACGACUUGCAAUCAUGGUUGUACCAGAAACAAAGCUUGCAAAUCAAAGUAAGGAGGAACGCAUGGUGAAAACGAUAGGAGAGAUUAUACAGGAGUUACUGAAGGCGCACAAUGAAAAUCGGGACGUUAACCUGAAUAAACUGAAGACCCGCAUUGCUUCAAAAUAUGGCUUGGACUCCUCUCCAAGAUUGGUGGACAUUAUCGCAGCGGUGCCGCGUGACGCUAAGGACGCACUUGGUCCGAAAUUGAAGGCCAAGCCUAUCAGGACUGCUAGUGGGAUCGCUGUUGUAGCAGUAAUGUGUAAACCGCACAGAUGCCCGCACAUUAAUAUGACGGGAAACAUCUGCGUUUACUGCCCCGGGGGCCCGGAUUCGGAUUUUGAAUAUUCGACGCAAUCGUAUACGGGAUACGAACCUACGUCGAUGAGAGCCAUUCGCGCAAGAUACAAUCCAUUGUUACAAACCAGACAUCGUAUGGAACAGUUGAAGCAACUGGGCCACAAUGUCGACAAAGUCGAAUUUAUUGUUAUGGGCGGUACCUUCAUGUCCUUGCCGGAUGAUUAUAGAGAUUAUUUUAUACGGAACCUACACGACGCGCUGUCUGGUCAUACAAGCAGCAAUGUUGACGAAGCAGUGAAGUACUCGGAACGCAGCACUACAAAAUGUAUUGGCAUCACUAUCGAGACUCGACCUGAUUAUUGUCUCAAGAAGCACCUCUCGGAUAUGUUGCGUUACGGAUGCACACGUUUAGAAAUCGGUGUACAAUCGAUAUACGAGGAUAUAGCGCGUGACACUAAUAGAGGGCACACAGUACGUGCCGUGUGUGAGAGUUUUCAACUAGCGAAAGACGCUGGAUUUAAGGUGAUAGCUCACAUGAUGCCGAAUUUACCAAAUGUCGACUUGGAACGAGAUAUUAUCCAGUUUGAGGAAUUCUUCAAGAAUCCUGCAUUUCGGGCGGAUGGAUUAAAAAUUUAUCCAACGUUGGUUAUACGUGGCACUGGCUUAUACGAAUUAUGGCAAACUAAGAGAUAUCAAAGUUAUGCACCCAGUGUGUUGGUCGAUCUUAUAGCUCGUAUUCUAGCUUUGAUACCGCCGUGGACCCGUAUUUAUCGCGUACAGCGUGAUAUACCUAUGCCUUUAGUGACUUCUGGUGUAAAACAUGGGAAUUUGCGUGAGUUGGCUCUAGAAAGAAUGAAGGAUAUGGGCACAGACUGCCGUGAUGUUAGGACACGCGAAGUGGGAAUUCAAGAAAUACACCAGAAAGUGCAUCCCUAUGAAGUAGAGCUUAUACGACGUGAUUACGUAGCCAACGAGGGAUGGGAGACAUUUCUGUCGUAUGAAGAUCCCUUGCAGGACAUUCUAAUUGGCUUGCUGAGAUUAAGGAAAUGUUCUGCCAGUACGUUCAGGCCGGAAUUAAAGGAAAAAACUUCUAUAAUAAGGGAGCUUCAUGUUUAUGGCAGCGUAGUGCCUAUUAGCGCUCGAGAUCCUACAAAAUUUCAACACCAAGGCUUCGGAUUUCUGCUAAUGGAGGAAGCUGAACGAAUCGCAAAAGAGGAACAUAAUUCUGAUAAAAUUUCCGUAAUUUCAGGCGUUGGUACACGUAACUAUUACAGAAAAUUGGGUUAUGAACUUGAUGGACCAUACAUGUCUAAAAUGCUUAUAUAAAUAAGAAAGUGAAUUUUUCGAGAGAAAGAAAAAGAUAAAUUAUACAUAUAACUAAGUAUGAUAUGUAUGUAUAUAAAUAGAACUCAUACAGGCACAUAAUUAUGCUUUUCUGUAAUAAAGAAGCAUAGUUUUAUUUAUUCUAAUAACAUAAUAAAAUUUCAUGGAUCAAAUUAAAAGAAUUAAGAGAAGAAACGGCAACGAGAGCCCGUUACCGGAUGUAAGGUAUGAAAAUCCUUAUACAUAUAUAUUUCAACAAUAUUUUACCGUAGCAAACAACUAAAUUUAAUUUACAUUACAAUUAAUUAUUUUUAAAAGUUUAAUUGCAAUCGCGCAGUCACUGCGACACUUGGGACAGCCGACGACAAUUUGUUACGUUUUUCUUAUUUUAACAUCCGUUAGAAAGGAAGCUUCUUUCCGAGUCGGCAUUCAAAUUUUGAAGCAAUCUAAUUGAACUCAGGAGAAAUUUUGAAUUUUAUUAAUUGAAUAUUGGCUUUAAAUUUGUAGUACGUGCUCGCACAUUGUUAAAAACUAAUUUUAAUAUUGCGUUGAAGUAGCAAAUGUCAACGACAGUGAGUUGGCGUUAUAGAGAUAAAACUUGAAAACUGAUUGUGAGAUAUUUUUACGAGAUACUCAAUAUUUUUUAAUAUUGAAAUUGUAACAUUUCGAAUAUUUGAUAACGACGUAACAUGGGGAUAAAAUUUAAAUUAAUGUAUUUUUAAUACUUGUAUACUUAAUAUCUUUAAGUUUUCGAUUAAAUCAGUAACAUUUCGAACAUUCGAAGUAUUAAAAACGAUCUCGUAAUCCAAAAUGUAUAAUAGUAUAAGAAACAGGUAUUUAAAAUGUAUGCAUAAAAUUAU